GAUGAACAAUACGAUGUUAUCGUUCUCGGAACUGGCUUAACUGAAUGUAUUCUCUCUGGUUUACUAUCUGUUGAAGGAAAAAAGGUCCUUCAUAUGGAUAGGAACGACUAUUAUGGUGGUGAUAGUGCCAGUUUAAACUUGACACAGCUUUAUCGAAAAUUCCGUAAUGGGCAAGAACCACCUAGUGAAUUGGGACGUGAUCGCGAUUAUAACAUCGAUCUCAUUCCCAAAUUUAUGAUGGCCAAUGGAGAACUUGUCAGAAUUCUUACCCAUACCGAUGUUACACGUUACCUCGAAUUCAAACAAAUUUCUGGCUCUUAUGUAUAUCGUGAUGGACAAAUCUCUAAAGUUCCUGCUAGUGAAGUGGAAGCUCUUCGCAGUGAUUUGAUGGGAAUGUUUGAAAAGAGAAGAGCAAAGAAAUUCUUCGAGUAUAUGCAAAACUGGCGUGAGGAUGAUCCAUCUACUCACCAAAGCAUCGAUCUAAAUUCUGUACCAAUGUGUAAAGUCUAUGAAAAAUUUGGUCUUGAACCUGGAACCCAAGAUUUUAUUGGCCAUGCUAUGGCCUUAUACUUAGAUGACUCAUACCUUAACCGACCUGCCCGUGAGAGUUAUGACAGAAUCAUUCUUUAUAUUUCCUCUGUGGCUCGUUAUGGAAAGAGCCCUUACAUUUACCCAUUGUACGGUUUGGGUGAAUUGCCUCAAGGAUUUGCACGGCUGAGUGCUAUUUAUGGUGGUACUUAUAUGCUCGAUAAAGCGGUCGAUGAAAUCGUCUAUGAUGCGGAUGGCCGUGUUUGUGGUGUACGUUCGGGUGACGAGGUUGCUAGGACAAAACAAGUUAUUGGUGAUCCAUCCUAUUUUAAAGAUAAAGUCCGUAAUGUCGGAAAAGUCAUCCGUGCUAUCUGC